UGGAAUGGCGCCAUAGCCCAGGCUGCGGUUAUGUAGCAGGAACCGCGUCUGCUCGACAUUGAGGAAAGAUGGCGACCAGAGUCCUUCAGAGCCUGGGAAAGGGCCUGCACCAGGCUAGUAACGGGUUACUACCGAAACAGCAGGCGGCAUUAACAGUCAGAACCCUGUCUGCGUCCUCGAACCGAAACCGUGAAGACAGCUGGUUCAAAUCUCUCUUCGUGCGAAAAGUUGACCCCAGGAAGGACGCACAUUCUCACCUGCUGGCCAAGAAAGAGGACCUUAACCUGUAUAAAAUUCAGUUUCACAAUGUCAAGCCAGAGUGCCUUGAUGAUUAUAACAAACUUUGUGAACAAGUCUUGCCCUCUAUCCACACCAACCCUGAUUAUCCGUGUGAGCUGGUGGGAACCUGGAACACGUGGUAUGGAGAGCAGGAUCAAGCAGUUCAUCUGUGGAGAUACAGAGGAGGCUACCCUGCCCUGACUGAUGUCAUGAACAAACUCAGGAAAAAUAAGGAGUUCAUGGAGUACAGAGAAAAGCGAGGGAAGAUGCUGCUGUCUCGCAGAAAUCAACUUCUGCUCGAGUUCAGCUUCUGGAACGAGCCUGUGCCCAGAGCUGGACCCAACAUAUACGAGCUCAGAUCCUACCAGCUCCGGCCUGGAACGAUGAUCGAGUGGGGAAAUUACUGGGCUCGGGCUAUUGAGCUCCGACAGCAGAACAACGAGGCUGUGGGAGGCUUCUUCUCUCAGAUCGGAAAUUUGUACAUGGUUCAUCACCUGUGGGCAUAUAAAGACCUGCAGUCAAGGGAGGAAACUAGAAACGCAGCUUGGCAGCACGAAGGCUGGGAUGAAAUUGUCUACUAUACAGUUCCUCUGAUUCAGCACAUGGAAUCGAGUAUAAUGAUUCCCCUGAAGAUUUCGCCUCUGAAGUAGCUUCCUCACGAAGACCCAGACAGAAAAUCAAAUCUGUUUUCAUUACAAGAUUCCAACCAGAUUUUCAGUCAGAUUUUGCACUCCGGUAGAUCUCAGCUCAGUUUUGGAAAACAAAAAAAAAUUUGUAGCAUUCAAACAUGUCUCCUUUUUUCUUUUGCUGUUUUGUUUACUGAUUAGAUUUUGUGCUGCCAUUUUGAUCAGAAUCUCUCACCAAAACAUAUGAAUUACGUAAGCACUUCUCUGAUUCGCGUGAUGAAACCUUGCCGACGUUUUCAUUAAAAUCCGGUCGGGAUUUUAGUUUCAGCUGUCAUUUCGUUUUGUGAUGAUGUUACCUUUUUCCCCCCCUGAUUUCUAACAUGCUUGUUGUUUUGUUACACUAUUAUUUUUUUUUUAUGUGUGUGUGUGUAUACUGAGUAGGAGACAUUGAUCAAAACAUCCUGAUGUGGAGUCGAUAACAUUUCUUUUCCCUCCUUCAUAUUUACUGUAGUUCAGUUUUAUAAUUGUAAUCAUAGAUCUGUAAUAGAAACCGAACCCUGUGUGGUGAUGAAUGCAGGAAUCUUGUAUGCAGAAAUAAAUGCCUGAAACAAAAAUUACACACAUUGAAUAAUACACAACACUCUUUUUUUUUUCUCUAAUAGACCCAAGACUCGAUAGUUUCCUCAAUACUGAAUGUGGAUAUGAGAAAUGCAACGAGUUUAUAUUUAUAUUUGAACUGAUAUGAAGUGUGAAAACAGUUUAAAUGCGACGACCCUUUCAGCUGGGGUUCGAAUAAACUUCACUGAAUUUUC